AUGGAAGCUGAAAAUCGCCGCAAGCUACACAUCCUGGAAACUUCGCUGCUCGUUCGUCGGGUGAAGAUCAGCCCCGGAAUCUUGUUGGCGGAUGCACGGUCACUAGCCAAAGGUACAGCAAAAUACCCCGUGACCAGAGUCGAGGUGAAAUCCUUCACUAUACAUGCAGGAGUACAAGCAGAAACGCUGGACAAUGUGAUACUUCGUCAGCUACCGAAACGAGUGAUAAUCGGAUUUGUCAGCAAUAAAGCCUUUAACGGAGACAGACAACGCAAUCCAUUCAAUUUUCAAAACUACUCUCUGAAUUUCCUCUCGCUGUACGUCGACGGAGUGCAAGUUCCAUCGAAACCGCUACAGAUGAACUUUGGCAAAGACGAUCUCUACGUGGACGCCUAUCACACCCUCUUCUCCGGUACGGGGAUUCAUUUUCUGGACGACGGAAAUGGUAUCAAUCGACAACAGUUCGCCAAAGGAAAUUGUCUAAUGGCAUUUGAUCUAACUCCUUGGCGAGAGGGGGCGGGGAAAGGGAAACGCGCCCCCAAGUCACUCCUAGGCAAGAGGCAGCGGGGGAAGGGGAACGCGCUCCAAAGUCACUCCGAGGCGAGGGGCUAA